AUGCAACAGUCCCCGGCGACUCCCGAGAGUCCUGCGUCCCCUCCCUGCUCGGGCAGCUCCACCGACUCGGCCGGCGGAGUGGACCGAUCGGCGGCACGCAUUUUAAUGCAACUGAAUCACAACUACAUGAAGAUGGAUGAUUCAGUUGCGAACAACCACGGCAGCGAGCUUGCAACUGAUUCAGCAGCGCCUGCAGCAGCAGCCAUGGCGCCGAUGCCGCCGCCACAGCAGCCGCCGCAGCAGCAACAGCAACUGCAACCACCACCAAAACAACAAAAGAAGCUGUUGCCGAACGGAGCUUUGUUCAGCACCGGUGGAACCAUUUGUCUUGAGCCCUAUGCGGCGGCCGCCGUGGCUGCCCAGGCCAGCCGAUCUGCUGCUGCAACUGUGAAGGCCAUCAACAAAAGUGGGAACCUGCAGGUGAAAAUAUCUCGAUUCCCCUCCACAAGUCCCUACCAGCGACCACAAAACCAAGUUCGCCAGUCACCCAGUGCUAGUAACGUGCUGAACCAGCAGUACCAGCAACAACGAACACUGCUCACCGCCACUGCCACCACAGCUUCUUCUGCAGGCCAAAGCUCUCACCCUCAGUCUUCGACCAGCUCAACUGACUCUACUACUACCAAUACUACCACUACUAGUGCUCCCAGCAAGCGUGCAGUUCGGGAUCCAUCCACGCACCGUGAGAGUGAAAAGAGGCGCCGAGAGCGUUUCAACACUUCGCUGACUGACCUUCGCGAGCUAGUUCCUAGGAAUUUUGUUAGCAAGUCGUGUCAGAACAAGGUUCGCCUGGAGAAGACGGAGGUGAUCAACUCGGCCAUCGCCUACAUCAAGUUUCUCAAAGCGAACGCGGCUACUGGGGCG